GCUGAUAAAGAAUUUGUAUGGUCUUUGUGGAAACGUCUCCAAGUAACAAGCCCAGAUCUUACACAGGCUGUCAGUUUGGUUGUGGAAAGAGAAAAACAGAAAUCUGAAGCUAAAGACAGAAAAGUUCUAGAAAUUUUGCAGGUCAAGGAUGCAAAAAUACAAGAAUUGCAACAGAGAGAAUCAUUACUAAAACAGGAAAUAAAUGACCUUGUAAAACGGAAGAUUGAAGUAGAUGAAGAAAAUGCUUUCUUGAGGAAAGAAUUCGGUAACUUGCAAAAGGAAUUUAAAGAUAAAAGUCAAGAAGUUAAGGACACUAAGGAGUGUGUACAGAAUAAAGAAGAGCAAAACAGACUGGUUAUAAAAAAUCUGGAGGAGGAAAAUGAGAAAUUAAGUAUCCGCUGCAGUGACCUGCUAAAUGACCUGGAGAAACUGAGGAAGGAGGAAACACAUUGGAGAAAAGAAAAAUACAGCAUUGAUGCAAAAGUAAAGGCCUUUGAAGAUAAUUUAAUUGAAGCAAGGAAAGAAAUUGAAGUAUCAAAGAGUAAAUGUGAUGCUCUGUCAUUACAGUUGAACAGUAAACAGACUGAACUUUUGCAAAAGGAUGUGGAUAUUUCCUUGGUCAGGAAAGAACUGCAGGAGCUGCAGAAUCUUUACAAACAGAACAGCGCACACACAGCACAGCAAGCAGAGCUGAUCCAGCAGCUCCAGGUUCUCAAUAUGGAAUCACAGAAAGUACUGAAAAAUCAGGAGGAUGUUUACGUGGCUGAAAGUAAAUCGUAUCAAAAAGUAUGCAUUUAUUUUGUCAUAAAAUUAGAGCUUUACCAUGAGUUACAUAUAUGCUUUGAAACCACAAAGUCAAAUGAAGCUGUGCUGCAACAAAGUGUUGCUAAUCUUCAAGAUCAGCUACUUCAAAAAGAACAAGAAAAUGCAAAAUUAAAAGAAAAACUUCAGAAUUUGCAAGGAACACCCUAUCCUUUACCUCAAGAAGAUGAUUCAGACCACUCAGCCCAGGUAUCUCAUCCAUCAUUAUCAAGCUUGGAAACAUUAAUGGUCUCACAGAAGUCUGAAAUUGAGUAUUUACAGAAGAAACUGAAAGUAGCAAAUGAAAAGCUGUCUGAGAACAGAUCUAUCAACAAGAAUUCCACAGAGCAGAGCAUCAUGACAACUGCUGAAGGAAAAUAUAAGGAACCACCUGUGAAACGUUCAAGGUCUUUGUCCCCAAAGAGCUCUUUCAAAGACUCAGAGGAACUAAGAAAGCUGAGAAGAGCUGAAAGAAAGAUUGAAAACUUAGAGGAGGCACUACAGCUAAAGAGCCAAGAAAAUGAUGAGCUAAGAGAUGCCCAUGAAAAACGCAAAGAGAGGCUACAGAUGUUACAGACCAACUACAGAGCAGUAAAGGAGCAAUUAAAACAGUGGGAAGAAGGCAGUGGCAUGACUGAUAUCAGAAAAAUAGAGAGAGCUGAACCCCAGCAACUUCAACAAGAAGAUUCUGAUGCUGUGUGGAAUGAACUGGCUUACUUCAAAAGGGAAAACCAGGAGCUAAUGAUUCAAAAGAUGAAUCUUCAAGAAGAAUUGGAUGAACUUAAAGUACAUAUAUGUAUUGAUAAAACGACAAUACAAGAAUUGAAUAGAUGUAUAGCAGAGAAAAGAGAAGAACAGCUCUUUAGAUACCGUGAAGAUGAUGGGGUCAAGAAGAGUACUUCAGAGAAGAAUGGGAAAGAAAUGUCCGAGCAGACCUUGCAGAAGGUCAUUGAGCUGGAAAAUCGGCUAAAAUCUUUUGAGAAAACAUCAAAAAAAUUAAAAGAAGGAAAUAAACAAUUAGUGAAAGAAAAUGAUUUUCUGAAAGCCUGUUUGAAACAACAUCAAGAAGAUGCAGAGAAUAGAAAAAAAGACCUAGAACAGCGGCUGAAGAGGGGUAAAGAUGUAGAAAAAGACAAAACUAAACUUGAAGUAAAAAUCAGUGAGCUGGAGAGAGAAGUCACUUCCCUAAGGAGACAAGUGGCCGAAGCCCGUGCAUGGAGAAAUGAGAGUGAAGAACUGAUGAAUCCAGCGGAGAAAUCUGAGCAUUCUGCAGACAAAGCUGAAUCUGACAUGGCCACCGCAGAAGCGAGGUCUGCAAAAUACGACUGUAAGACAACCACUACCAAGGUUAAAUUCAGAGCCGCCAAGAAAAAGUGCUCUUUGGCUCCUCCCCACACUGUGCUCAAUCACUCCGUCAAGGUUAUGAGCAGUGUGUUUGAGAACCUCAGCAAGGACGGCUGGGAGGAUGUGAGUGAAAGCAGCAGUGAUUCUGAAACACAGACGUCUCAAAAUUUGGGAACAAUUAUUGUGGAAACAUCCCAGAAAAUAAGCCCUACAGAAGAUAAAAGAGAUCAGAAACAAAGUGAUAAAACAGAAAAUAACCAAAUUCAAGGAAAAAGAAUAGUACAAAUGUAUUCAAAUAUGGGUGACAAGACCCCAAAGGAUUACAAGAGUAUUAAAAAAAUGACUUUUCAAAAGAAGAAUAAUAAUGUGCGUAAGAGUAUACAUACAGUAGUUCCAACCAGAGUUAACAGAGAAAAGUAUAAAAAUAUAACUGCCCAGAAAUCAAGUAGCAAUAUUAUUUUAUUACGAGACCGGAUUAUAUCCUUGCAACAACAAAACAGCAUACUCCAAAAUGCCAAAAAAUCAGCAGAAUUGUCUGCUAAAGAAUAUAAAGAAGUCAGUGAAAAACUUCUCCAUCAACAGCAAGUGUCUGAUCAACGAUUACAGACAAGCAGACAGACAAUAAAGAAGCUGAAUUUGGAUUUGGCCGGGCUUCAGAAAGAAAAUGAAGAUCUACUAAAGAAAUUGGACUCCUCAUCUAAAAUCACAAGUUUGGCAGAAGAAGUUGCCAGGGUAGCAACUCCACAUAUACCAGUUACAUCACUGGGCUCCUCAAGGAACAUGGAUUUAGAAAUGAAGCAAUUACAGUGUAAACUAAAGAAUGCAACUAAUGAACUCACUAAACAGACAUCAAAUGUGAAGUCUCUGAAACUUGAACUCCUAGCAAAAGAAGAACACAUGAAGGAAACACAUGAAAAGAUUUCUCGAAUGGAGAGGGAUAUCACUAUGAAAAGACAUUUGAUAGAGGACUUGAAAUUUCGUCAGAAAAUAAAUUCAGAAAGUAAUGAGAGUUUUAAUCAGAUGUUAGAAAGUCUUGAAAAAAAGGUAAAGACAUUAACUGAAGAAUGUUCUAAUAAAAAAGUAUUAAUUGAUUCACUAAAGCAAAGACUUAGUGUUGCUGUAAAAGAGAAGUCACAGUAUGAACAGAUGUAUCAGAAAACUAAAGAGGAGUUAGAAAAAAAGGAUUUCAAGCUUAGUCUUCUGGUAUCAAGAGUAAAUGAGACUGAAUCUGUAAUUGCAGAAAUUGAAACAGCAGCAUCUAAGCAGCUUCAAGGAUUAGCACUGCAAAGUGAACAGGUUCUAGAAGGUGCACAGAAGAAAUUGCUAUUAUCUAAUGAGAAAGUGGAAGAGUUCACCAUAUUUGUGAAGGCUUUGGUCAAAGAGUUACAAAAUGAUGUCCGUGUGAUAAGGCAAAAAAUCAGAGAGCUUAAAAAAAUGCAGAAAAACAGAGAAGCUUCUAAAGCCUCAACCCGUAAAGCCCAGAGCUUGGCAGCUUCUAUCCUGAACAUUUCGCGGUCAGAUCUAGCGGAACUAUUGGAUACAGAAGACGAAGUGGAAAUGAAAAAGACAAAGAUAGAUGCUGAAAAUGACCAAGAAUGGCUGUUGUACAUUCAGAAACUUCUUGAAGGACAGCUUCCUUUUGCCUCAUUUUUACUAGAAGCAAUACUGGAGAAAAUAAAUGAAAACAAGAAACUACUUGAGGGAUAUUUCACAAUUAUGAAAGAUAUUAGAUGAUAUUACAGUGGAAAAAUGGAGAGCUUUUUUCAGAUGUGAAAACUUUUUAUGUGUUAUGAUUGGAAAACAUAUAUUGCAAUCUUGACACAGUUUUUGCUUCAACUAUCAAUAGUCAGGUUCAAUACCAAAAUAAGAAGUCUCUGAAACUAAUUAAUUGCUGAACAAGUGAAAGUAAUUAAGUGCAUAGCCACUUAAAAGGAAAUAGUGUAGCAUUUGAUUGUUGAAUACAGAUAUUGCCACAAAUCAAUGCAAACUUUAAAAUGAUUUUUUCCAAUGCUUUGGAAGAAACUAGAACAAGUUUGGCAUACACAAAUCAAUCAGUAUAAAAAGAAGAUAUAAACUAAGGACUUACUGUUUUAAAUUUUAUUUUAAGAACUAGACUUUUUACAUAAAACUACUAUAAAUGGUUUUAAGAAGGAUCCAGUGAACAACACAUUUGUAUUGUAAACAAGUAUAGAAUAAAGCGUCAUAGCUUGUGGAUGAUCACCUAAUGAAACAACUGUGUGGUCUAAUUGUAUCUAUUCUUAUUGAUGAUACAGAAAAGACUUUUAUUGGAUGAUUUGCCAAAUAUCAAAACAUCCCCCUAUUUACAAUGCUUCGUGUAGUGAUAUAAACUAACAAGGGGCUGCAGUACAAACUCAGCACAGUUAGGCUUUAUAAUUCUUGCUGUGGUCAGAUAAGUUGCUUUCUUAACAAUGAUGUUAUUUUUCUUAUUUUAACUCCUGAAUAGUCCCACAUCACUUCACCGCUUUACUAUAUUCCUGUCAUACACUAAUUGACCAAAUUUGUUCCUGCCUCCCGCCUUUGUUCUUGCUGUUCUCUCUAGAAUAGUCUGUGUUCAGUUUUCCUCAUAGAUGGCUCCUCAUUCAGGCUUACCUUUAACCAUUUCUUCACAGACAAAUUCUCUGACCAUCUUACUAUGUACUUUCCCAAGACAUAAAAUUACCUGGUUUGUCCGGCCAAUUUUUCUUAUCCGUUUUUCUCAUCGCUUCAGAAUGUAGAUUCCAUGAGAUUAAGAUUGGUUGGCAAAUGAUAGCCCACAGCCAAAUCUGGCCUACCACCCAUUUUUAAAUGACCUGCAAGGUAAGGAAGCUUUUUAAAUGGUUAAAAAUCAAAAAGAGAAUAAUAUUCAGUGGCAUGUGGGAAUUAUGUGAAAUUCAAAUUUUAAUGUACAUCAAUAAAGUUUAUUGAAACAGUAA